AGGCACGGUUCUUAAUGAGACGACCACAGCUGAAAAAAUGAGGAUUAAUUAGAUGUUUAGUCUUUUACAUAAUUUUAGCGGAUAUGAAGGGAUUGCUAGACUGCCUCAAAAACUGUAAAUUAUUUUUGUAACUCUCCGUAUAGGAAGAUAUUGUGAUGUUUUAAUAAAUAGUUGGUAUAUACAAGGUACUACUAUAACUGGUAAUGGACAGAAGCUUGGAGAUAUAUGGACAAAAUAUUUUAACAAACAUUCUAUGUUGCCUGGUCGUAAAGAAAAUAUAGACUUGAAAUAAUAUCUUUGAUAUUCCAGACUCACCUGUUGCGGCUGCAGCUUCAGUUCCCUCUUCGUUGACCUCUAUGAAGGCCUUGUGUAUGACCUUGGAGACAAAUAGAGGUGCCUGGGACUUCAGCAUUGAGCCAAACUCAGCCUGUUCGCUGAAUAUACGGCUCAUGUUCAUCUAUCAAGAUGAGCGAUCCCCAGGAAAGUAGAAAUCUGUUUUCCCGAAGCCUGGUAGAUACCAUUACCAAGAAUGCCCUGGAGCAGAGUAAUGAGCCUUACGUGAACACGGUUUUCUCACCCGCGUCCGUUCAAAGUUGCUUGACCCUGGCCUUCAUGGGAGCUUCCGGGUCGACGGCCGAGGAGUUGAGGAAUGGACUGCAACUGGGACCAGGAGAUCGUCAUCACAUAGCCCGCGCCUUUGGGGAGUUCUGGCGGACGAACUGCAACUAUGGCGACAGAGGACCCGUGCUGAAGUCCGUGAAUCGGUUGUACGUGAACGAUACCCUGGAACUGCACCCGGAAUUCAACGAGAUUGCCCUGGACUUCUUUCAGUCGAAGGCGGAGGCGGCUAAGUUCGCCGACUCGGAGGCUGCCACGCAGCAGAUCAACGCCUGGGUGGAACAGGAGACGGACCACAAGAUCAGCAAUCUGCUUCAGUCGGAUGCCGUGGACAACGAUACCAGCGCCGUGCUCAUUAACGCCUUGUAUUUUAAAGGAAAGUGGCUGAAACCCUUCAUGCCGGAGACCACAUCGAUUGACGCUUUCCACGUGGACCGGGACCUCCAGGUGGAGGUGAACAUGAUGUACCAGGAGGACAAGUUCAAGUUCGCCGAUCUCCCACAGCUGAAGGCACGGGCCGUCCAGCUUCCCUAUGAAUACUCGAACAUCCACAUGCUAAUCCUGCUGCCCAACGAAAUCUCCGGCCUGCAGGAGCUGGAGCUCCGGCUUAAGGACGUGGAUCUAGCUGAUAUUGAUGCGGCUAUGACUUUGCAGGAUGUGGAGAUUUUCCUUCCCAGGAUGGACAUUGAGUACGACGUGGACCUCAAGCAAAUCCUAAAUCAGCUGGGUAUUUCGGAAGUCUUCACGGACAGUGCCAAACUGGACGGACUUUUUACCUCUCGAACUGGCCAGAAGAUCUCGGCGGCGAAGCACCGGGGCUACAUCAACGUAAACGAGGCUGGGUCAGAGGCAGCAGCCGUCACUUUCAUGAAGAUCGUACCCAUGAUGCUGAACAUGAACAUGAAGCUCUUCAAAGUGGAUCACCCGUUUGUAUUCUACAUUCGCAACUCGCAGGCCGUGUUUUUCGCCGGCCGAUUCUCGAACCCCAAGUAUGGAUCAGAAGAGGAGGGCGCUUCGAGGGAAGGUUCCGAUGCCAGCAUGUACAAUGUCCAAGAACAGCAGUGAGACCAAAUAAAACUCAGCUAGGAAAUCCCACUAG